CUGAGUGUAGAUCACCGGGAUCCAGUUAACAGAGGGUUUAGAUGGCUGACUUCAUGAUCUUAAACGACUUAAACCGUAGUCGUAGUGACAACAACUGACGGCUAUAUUUUCUGCUUGCGUAUGCGCGCGUGCGACGAAGACGACGAUGCGAUGUGAUUAGAGAGUGACAGAGUGAGAUAACAACGAGAUCAUCAAAAUUCGGAACACUAACAAAAAAAGUAAACAAUAAUAAUAAUAAUAACUAAUAUUAGUUAAUAGUUAUUACUUAUUAGUUAUUAUUUACUAGUAUUUAGUAACUAUUAACUAUUAUAAUAACUAUAAGAUAGGAAAAGAAAAAAACUCGAUCUCACCGUCGCAAAACAUUCGGUAUUUCGGUCAGACGACGACGAGUGCCACACGUCAUGAAAAAUGUCUUGUUUGACAUGUUUCUAUUCCUUUUCAAGUCUAAGUAUCGACGGAAAAGGAUUAUCCCAACAAUGAUGACUACGGCUGUUACCAACUUUGCUCUGCUACUGGUACUCGUUUUUGGUAUGGUGUCUGUGGCACAAUGUUCACUAGACCGGUGUAAAGAUGUCGAGUGUGGCAAUGGCAUCUGCCUCAAUGGAACAUGUCUGUGCCAUGAUGGAUGGCAAGGUCCACAGUGCCAGUAUUGUGGUGGAAAAGUCAAAUUAAAUGGAACUUCUGGUUUCAUUUCUGAUGGCAUUGGUAACUACUCACUUGAUGUGAAGUGUAGUUGGCUUAUAGAAGCAGGAAAUUCCACCAAUUCCACAAUCAGAUUGCAUUUUGAAGAAUUCAUUACUGAAUGUGGUUGGGAUCAUUUAUAUAUAUAUGAUGGUGACAGUGUUCACUCUCCAUUGCUUGGUGUUUACAGUGGUCUUAUGUAUUCAAAAGAUUACUCUCUGCAGAGUGUACCAGAAAUAGUUGCUCAUUCCGGAUUUGCACUAUUACAUUUUUAUAGCGAUAUUGCUUAUAAUUUAUCCGGUUUUAAUAUUUCUUACAGUUUGAACACAUGUCCAAGUACAACUUCUUCUAAAGAAUGUUCAGGACAUGGUGUUUGUGUGGACUCUGUAUGCACCUGUGACGCCCAAUUUAUUGGUGAAGCUUGUCACAUUCCAAUUUGUCCAAAUAAAUGUACAGCUAGUAAUGGUGUAUGCGAUAAGGAACAACAUCGUUGUAUUUGCAAUCCAAAGUAUAAAGGCGAUGACUGCAGCCAAGUAGCUGAACAUGGUUACUGGGAAGUAUUAAAGACAAGUGAUUUUGUUCCCCAAGGAUCUGCUUCUCAUACAGCAGUCGUAUGGCAAGACUCUAUGUAUAUUGUUGGGGGAGAGUCUUUCAAAAAAGGACAUAUGUUAUAUGUUUAUGAUUUCAAUGGUCAUGUAUGGGAAACUCCACAUGUAAUAAGCAAAACGGCACCAACAAUACGAUAUGGACAUUCUUCUGUGCUAUUUGGUGAUAAGAUAUAUGUUUUUGGAGGAGUAAAAGAAGAUGGUAUUGUGUGUAAUGAAUUAUGGGCUUAUGAUAUAAGUGCAAAGUCCUGGGAAAAUGUUACAGUCAAUACUGGUUUUUGUGAACGAAAUCUUUUGAGCAUUGGUUUCACAAAUCAAGCUUUGUGUGGACCAUUGCGUAGUGCUGGACAUACAGCAACAUUAGUACCGCCUUCGUUUAUAUCACAAUCUACUUCCUCUGGAUCUGGCCCUAAAUAUGUUACUGAACGAAUGAUUAUUAUUUUUGGACAUUCUCCUACUUAUGGUUUUAUGAAUUUUGUUCAAGAAUAUUAUUUUGGUACUAGAGAAUGGGCUGUUGUAAAGACUAAAGGUUAUCCAGUAAAAGGUGGGUAUGGCCACAGUGCUGCUUGGGAUCCUGUGACAGAACGUAUUCUUGUAUAUGGUGGAUAUGUAUCAAUGAGUCCUCUUCAAUCCGCUUUAUCUUCAAAACUGUAUGCAUAUGAUCCUUACUCACAUACAUGGUAUUUAAUGAGUGACGGUCCUAGUGGUAGGUUUUUACAUAGUGGUUCUAUGUUGAGUCCUACUGGAGGUUUGAUGUUGAUAUAUGGUGGAAACAUACAUAAUGAUACUGGAGUAAAUUUGGUUUCAUCUGGCGGUCAAUGUUAUACUGCACAACCAUUACUUUAUGAUACUUAUUGUGACUCUUGGACACAAAUGGCAUUGCCUUCAAAUUUAUUUACCAGUCUCAUGCGAUUUGGACAUUCUGCAAUAACAUUUGAAAAAUCUAUGUAUAUUUAUGGUGGUUUCAACGGCCAAAUGCUCAAUGAUAUCCUCAAAUUUUCUCCUGGAAAUUGUUCAUCAAAUAACAUGAUAACAAAUUGCUUAAAUAGUCGUCAUUUUGGUGUUAAAUGUGUCUGGGAUAAUGAAAAAGCCAUUUGUCUACCAUUUUCAGAAAUCCCAGCCAUGCCACCCAGUAUAGAUUUUGAAUCAACUUAUAGUCGUUGUCCAGAAGAAAGUAAGUCACAAGUAACUGGAAUUAUUGAUCAAUGCAAGCGACAAACUACAUGUGAAUCAUGUGUUCAUACUCACCGUUGUGGCUGGUGCCCUUUGUCAAAUUCCUGUGUUCAUGAUAUAGAACAAUGUACUACAAUGAAUAGAGAUGAUAUUCCAUAUCGUAGUGAACGUCCAAUAACAUCUGGUUAUCAAUGUACUAAUGAAAAUACUGACCAUAUGCGUUGUAACCAUCUUCAUUCUUGUCAAUAUUGUGUUACUCAUACUGGAUGUCAUUGGAAUUCCAAGAUUGAAGUUCCUAUAUGUGUACCAAUUACAAACAAAUCCAUGAUACAAGAUUUUACAUCACCAGAUGUAUGUGAAAGUGUCUGUGACCAUUAUACUGAGUGUACUAAUUGUACAAAAGAUGAAUGUAUUUGGUGUCAGAAUAAUGAACGAUGCAUUGACAAAAAUGCAUACACGUCUUCAUUUCCGUAUGGUCAAUGCAGAGAAUGGACAACAGAUGAACAUCGUUGUAGAACUUCACCAGGUAAUUCACAGUGCAAUUAUUACAAGACUUGCAUUGACUGUCGAGAUGAUCCAGAAUGUGGUUGGUGUGAUGAUGGAUCGGGUACUGGUUUAGGUUCAUGCAUGGCAGGUGGAAAUACACCACCCCAAUCAUGUUCUCAAAAUAAAUGGUAUUUCACUCACUGCCCAACUUGUCAGUGCAAUGGCCACAGCACUUGCAUGAACAAUACUGACGUGUGUAUACACCCAUGUUCAAAUAACACUGAAGGUCAAAAUUGUGAGACUUGUCUUAAAGGAUUCUAUGGGAACCCAGUUAAUGGUGGUGAAUGUAAAGAAUGUCGUUGUAACAAUCAAGGUAAUCAUUGUAAUCAAGAAAAUGGAAAAUGCUAUUGUACUACAAAAGGUAUAAUUGGAGAUAAUUGUGAAAAAUGUGACACAAACAACCAUUAUCUUGGAGACCCAUCUAAUCAUGGUUCUUGUUUUUAUGAUCUGACCAUUGAUUAUCAAUUUACGUUCAACCUGUCUAAAAAAGAUGAUUUAAGAUUCACACAAAUCAAUUUUCAAAAUUCCCCUUCUAAAUCUGAUGUGGACGCUGAUUUUAGCAUCACCUGUUCGGUUAUGGCCAAGAUGAACAUCACAGUCAGACCUGCAUCCGGGCCAGAAAAAAUGUUACUACCAUUACAGAAUUGCACAAACUUCAGGACUAAGUUUUUAAAAUCCGAAUACAUGUUCGGUACUGGUGAUAACAUGUCACUGACAACGUUCUAUGUUUAUGUUUAUGAUUUCAAACCUCCACUUUGGAUACAGAUAUCAUUUUCUCAGUACCCAAAAUUAAAUCUUCAACAGUUUUUCAUCACGUUUUCUUCGUGUUUUUUGUUGUUACUGUUGGUGGCUGCCAUAUUGUGGAAGCUUAAACAGAAAUAUGACAUGUACCGCAGAAGACAGAGAAUGUUUGUAGAAAUGGAACAGAUGGCCAGUAGACCAUUUUCAGUAGUCGAGGUGGAAAUAGAAAAACGCAACGCCAUUCAUGGUAACCAGAUACCAACCAUUUCUGUAUCGAGCAAUUUGAGAAAACGCAAAAUCGACGUACCGAAUCCAGUGGCCUUGGAACCUUGCGCCGGAAAUAGAGCAGCCGUAUUGACGUUGCUCGUCAGACAACCUACAGGCAACGAUAGAUACACACCACACGGAUAUUCGGGUCUAGCAAUAGCAUCUGCUCUGGUUGUGGUGGGUAACGUCCAACAUUCCAAGACCAAUGGAAUCGACAACGGCAAUUCACCGCUGCCGGGAAAAGAAGACGUCCGCUGGACCGGUAGGGGUUUGAAAGCCAGCCAGCAUCCGAGCGAAGCGCGAAUUUAAGAUGACGACGACGACGACGACAUUCACAAUCCCUCUUCUCUUCUCCGGCUUUGUCCGUGAUUUUUUCGCGCUGCAGCGUAACAUAAUAAUAUAAUCGUAUAAAACAAUACCUACACCUAUAUAUAUAUAUAUAUUUAUAUGUAUAUAUUAUGUGUAUAGUCGAACCCGAUAAGACUGAUGAGAUCGUAUAUAUUAUUAUAAUAUACGUUUAUACGGUGCAUUUAUAUGUAAUACUUUAUUACUACUAUAUUUAAUAUUAUAUAAAAUUAAAUAUUAAUACUACUAUACCACUACUACUACUACAACUAUUACUAUUACUACUACUAAUACUACUACUACUACUACUACUAUUACCAGCACUAGUGAACUAUAUUUGUAAGUUUCCGAAUUAAUCUGAUGGCCUGUCGGAUGGUCAUUGGAUUGAUUUAUAAACGACACAAUGUACGACGGUACCUAUAUAAUAAUAAUAAUAUACAUGAUAGGUACAACUACAUUUGGCCCGUUUUUCUUUUUAUUUUUUUUUUCUUGCCGCUGCGUCGUUGAGUAACUUAUUACAUUUUUAUGGUAUUGAUGCUGUGUACAGGCCAUUCUUUUAAUCUCGUAGGUACAAUGUUUAUUGAAUCUCAUCUUGGUCUGCAGACUUUCGUGGUACAAAAAUCUCAAAUUUAUGUCUCAAACACCAACUGAUAAAUACGCCAUACAUUACAAUGUGUCAAUAUUGGUUCCUCUGUAGUCUAAAUUGACUUUCCUCCCAUUUUUUAGCUUGCCUGCCAUCGCCAUGCAUAUUGCAUACAUACUCAUCGCUCAGUGUGCAAUAGUUGUCUUUUCUGGCACGCGGAGCUGCACAUUCCUGUUAUAAUAUUAAACUAUACCGUGUAGUAGUUGGAAUACAAGUAGAUGACAUUACGCAUGUCGUUAUUUGUGAUUAACCAGAUAAAAUAUAUAUUAUGUUAAAUAUACAUACGUACAUAUACGUCGUACGAUAUAAUAAUUAUUUAAUUUUAAUUAUGAUUAUUGUUUAUAAAAUUAUAACUGUAACACCUAAAUAGUAUUAUAAUUAUUGUUGUUGUUACUUGUUGUUAUACGGCACAGUAUUUCUUCGCAGUAGGUUAUGUAUAUGGUAGUUGGGAAAACAUCCAUUUCGCGGGUCACCGAUCCAAUCGUUUAAUUCCCCCAAAAAUAAAUACUUCAUUACAAUCACAAUUAAUAAUUUAAAAAAAUAUAGUAGCAGCGGCUAUAGAUUAAAUACCUAAUACAAUAUCGUUUGUUUAUUAUUCUUCCAUUGAUCGCAUACGAUCCAAGAGAAUCCGUAUUGUGGACUAUAUUAGUCAUUUACUCAUUUCCCCAUUUUCGUAUUUUCAUCAGUAAUUUGUCUGAUCGCAAUGUAUUUUACCUCAAUAUAUUGUGUAUCGAGGUGUGAUAUGAUGUUACUCGAUCGAUUUUCAUUAUUAUUUUCGUGUUUUAUUUAUACUUUGUAAUCGACUACAUAAUUAUGAUAAUAUCGUGGUCCAUAAUCUGAAGCGGGGCCAAAUUAAAAAUUGUUCGUCCAGCGGGUGUCCGACAUGACACGACGACGAUACGCGUAUUCGAUAAAAUCUAUUUUCUCAUUAUGAUAUGUAGUAUUAUUGUGUUACGACAAAUUUUGUAAAAAUUAUUUAUUAUUAUAAAUUAUAUAUUACGUGUUCUGAUAAAAAUAAAAGCGUAUUAUUUAUAAUAAAUAUUUUCUGUGAUUUUAGAUUCGCUUACUCAAUUGU